AUGUUCUACAACAUCCUCGAUGCAGCGGCUGAAGCGGCCUUCAAUGUGGACCGCCGUCGCCUACAGCAAUCAUCCAUUCGGGCAGUGGCCUUGGCUGAGGAUGCAAGAGGCGGUUUCGAGCUUUUGAAAGUGCGGUACGUGAUGGCUGACUGGUCCGUUCACUGCCGCAUGCUAGACCUGGCUGUGGCUGAGAAGGCUGCACUGGACAAAUCCAGAUCGCUGCCUGACACCCUGGCCAGCUUUUUGCCGGAGCAGGCAGUCAGGAAUGCUUUCAAAGACAAGAUCCGGGUCUUUAUGGCCGACGGGGAAUUCAGCGAGCCUCUCGCGGCCCGCCUGAGUAAAGUCCAGGGAACCCUUCCGGGCCUGAAAGCCAUCAUGAGAUGCUCCGUCCACAGCGGACAAAGGGCGCUUGAGAAGGCCCUAGCGACUGACCCGGAUGUCCAGGUUCUCGUCAAGAGUUGGGUGCUAGGAUUCUCCGAUGGCAGUGGCAAGAAUCCAGGCGGAUUCUGCCGAGCCGUGCGAAACUCGCAGAAGCUCCAGCGGCUGACAGCAGAGAAACAGCUUGAAGUUCUUGACGAAAGCUUGAGGCGACUGUCCCAUUUCGGGUUUGCGCCCCAACGAUUUAACACGGUGUGCGACGCCUGCGUCAACGUGGCUGAGAACAUCGAAGCAGUCUGCAAUGUCCUGAGCCAUCUCGCAGCGGUGGAUGAUCAGCUGUCAGGUUGGGCCACAGAGCUUCUACAAAAAUGUUUUCAGCCUGAGAAGAAAUUCACCCACUCACUGGACGGCUCACAUCUGCGAUUGGCCUCGACAGCACACAAUCUUCAGCAGCUCGAGUGCCUGAUCAAUAGACUCUUCGACUUUCGGAGUCCGGCAGGAGAGAUGCAGCAGCCGCUGGUUCUGGAUGACUCCUAUGCACAUGGCUACGUGCAAAGGCUGCAGGCGACCCUACAGCUUGAGCAGAACAAGUGCCUGGUUGUGAAGCAAAAGUUGGUGUUCUGGCACAGCGGCACCAGCAGGAACAAGCUACGAACCUUCGUAGCCAAGGAGCUCGGUGCCAUUCGCAACAUCGCUCAGCUUUUUCUUCAGGGCCUGAAAGCCGACGUGGAGGUUGGCGUCCAGUCAUCCCUGGCUCCCUUUGAUGUCAACCAUGCCAUGUGCAGCGACGAAGCUUUGCCAGAGCCUGACAUCUUCAAACCGCUAGCAGCGGCUGCAGAAGUGGAGGUGACACAGCUGGCCAAAGAGUUCCUUUUGGCACGUCCUACAGCCAUGCUGGUGAAGUCACAGCCUCGCGGCGACAAGUUGUUUCUUAACAAGAGGUCCUUGAUGAAGGUCCGCCUGGAUGGGCCGACACCCGACGAGCUUGUCCAGCGCCAGGCCAACGAAAUCGUCGCCAAGAAGCCGACUGACAAGCAGGAUAGCCUCGCUGCCGCCCUGAACAAGUACAAGAUCAAGAAGGAGGAAUGGGCGACACUUGAUGCUUCCUCCGAAGCAGCCGCUGCUGGCCGCCUAGUAGAAAAGGAGCGGGAGGCUGAAAAGCGCCUCGAGAAGCUCAAAAAGAUCCGCAUGGCCAAACUUUCAAGCGUGCGGUCUGACGUCCUUGAGGCCGGCCGUGUGCUCAUGAUAGUGAGCGGCCAUGACUCCACCAAGACCCCUAAUAUGGCUGAUCUUGAACGACUGGGCGAGGCACGUCUGUGGCCUGAUGCGAUCGAAGACCAAAGAAAUUUGGUUUGCGAUCUGCUUCGUCUCAUGUCUGAGGACAGUCAUCGCCUGCUCUACUGGGUAUGCUUGUCUGACGUGGUCGAGCGGGAGUUCCUCUUCAGACCGGCUGAGUCCGCAUUCGCUUCCAUUGCUCGCCUGAUGGGGGGCGGCUUCUGCGGCGCCUCCUGGACAAUGGCGUGCAUGAAUGAAGCCCGUCUUCUUCCGGCCUUAACAGCACUUCAUUGCAGCUACACGAAGAAACAGGAACUAUGCCUACACAGCUCCUGUAUGUCUGACACUUCUGCUUUGAAUGCGACAAGGAUGCUGGGGGCUGUCCUCGAUGGCAUAGAGACGGCUGACCUUACAGUACAAUGGACACGUCGCAAGAGAUGGCGAGAUGUCACUUGCAAGAAGUGUUCGGUCAUAGUCGACAGUGAGACGGCUGACAAGUACAGGAAGAGGAAGCAGAGGCAUCCUGGCUGUCUGAUGACAGUGGCGGAGUUCAUCGCUGCCAGCAACACGGCUCUUCUUUCGCACUUCCAUACAAUCGUCCAGUGCUUCAACGUCAAGUGGUCGGCGUGCACCGGCUGUACCAAAGAUGUCUGGUUUGCUGCGACAGCAAUGCCGCCGAGUCGCACUGCUGUCCCUUUGCUGUGGGUUCCCUGCUUGCUCUCUUUCUCAAUGAAUCCUAGGCAGUCGUGCUCUGCCUACACGGCCUGA